AUGAUGGGCGUGCUCCACAAGCUUAGGGUUGCCGUCUGGGGAGAAGCUCCUGCCACCAAGGAGGAAUCGCGUCUGCUCUUCAAGAUCGACUGGUUCAUAUUAUCCUAUGUCUGCCUGAUGUACUGGGUGAACUAUCUCGAUCGAGCCAAUCUCAACAACGCCUAUGUCUCAGGCGCGAAAGAAGAUCUCGGGUUCAGAGGCACUCAACUCAACCAGAUCAACACGAUAUUUUAUGGCGGCUAUCUGUUGGGUCAGAUUCCGAACAACCUGAUCCUCCAAAGAGUACCGCCUCGCAUCUGGCUUCCGACGACAUGCAUGGUCUGGGGCUUCUUGACGCUCGGCACCGGUUUUACGCAUCAUCCUUGGCAAAUCAUGGUCAUUCGCUUCUUUCAAGGCUUCUUUGAAUCGUCCUGCUUCGUUGGCGUGCAAUGGAUCUUGGGAUCAUGGUACAAGCCUGAGGAGAUCGGCAAGCGCACUGCCAUCUUCACAUCUUCUGGCCUGGCCGGUACGCUCUUUUCCGGCAUUAUGCAAGGCUCCAUCUACACCAACCUCAAUGGAAAAGCGGGUCUCGCUGGAUGGAGAUGGCUCUUCGUGAUUGACUUUCUCAUCACCCUUCCCGUCGCCAUCUAUGGGUUCUUGCUAUUCCCUGACACCCCUACCAGCACGAAAGCAUGGUACUUCAGCCCACACGAGAAAGUGAUGGUGGUAGAGCGCCUGCCUGAGGUCGAAAAAAAGCGUGGCGUUCUUGGAUGGUCAUUAAUCAAACGAGUCGUCCUCAGUUGGCACUGGUGGGCAUUUGUUCUCAUGUGGAUUGCUGGUUCCAACACCGAAAUGUACAGCUCGAACGCUAUCAUGCAGUUAUAUCUGAAGUCCACGCACGACUACACCACUCAACAAGUCAACUAUAUUCCAUCAUCCGUCUCAGGUCUCGGAAUCGUCGCAACGUUGCUCCUUGGAUGGUACAGCGACUACAACACUCGACGCAGGUGGCAUGUCGGCAUCUUUCUCUCUUUCACCGCCAUCACAUCUGGCUCGUUGAUGCUUUCUCCGCCAUCGAGAGCGGCGAAGUUCGCGGCGCUGAUCCUGAACGGAUGUCAAUUCGCGGGUCAGACUGUGUUCUUCGCUUGGGCCAAUGACCUGACCCGUAAAGACGAUGCAAAGCGAUCUGUCGUCCUCGCUAGCAUGAACAUGUUCAGCGUUGCUGUCUACUUGUUCUGGAGUCUUCUGUUCUACAACGCCACACAAGCACCGGACUGGUAUGAAGGCAGUUGUGCGAUGAUUGCGAUGGGUUGCUUUACGCUGAUCAUGACCAUUGUAUGCUAUCUCUUGCAGCGAAGACAGGAGAAGCACGAAGCUAUCGACGCUGCAGACUGGGCUUUGGAGGAUAUCAAGGCGGCCGAAGUCAAGGCUGCCGAAGUCAAGUCUUGA